CGCCGAAGGUCUCCCCCGCCUCCCUUCUCCGUCCCUCCCCAUCGCAGCCUCCGGGGCACCGCCGGGUCGCUUCGGCUGCUGCAGCCGAGGCUGCCAUGGCGUGUGGAUUGGCCGCCAGACUCCUCUCCUCCUUCUCGUUGCUCCUCUGCUUGGGUCGAGGCAUCGCCGCAGGGACGGAGGAGGUGGUGAUUGGGGAGGUGGAAGGAAAUGCCACCCUCGUGUGCCGGAAUGUGUCUCCGCGAGCGGUCAAGGUGGAAUGGUUUCACGGGGACCCAGGAAAGAUCCCCAUCCUCUUCUCAUCGGACGGCAGCCUCCCUUCCGACGCUCGCUUCUCCCUGGUGAGGAACAGCUCCUUCCACAUCUCAGGCUUGCGGCUGCAGGACGAAGGCAACUAUACCUGCAGAGAGGUCCUGAACGAGACAGACCACAGACACAGGAUUCAGUUGCUCGUUGCCAGUGGCCCCACCAAGGUGAAUGUCAACAUCGGUCCUGCCACAGCGCUACCAAACGGCACACUCUAUGCCCAGAGACACGGGACCCUCAACUUCUCCUGCACCAGCGACUCCCGCCCAACCUCUGCGACCAAAUGGGAUUUCUCCCAGUCUGGCUCCGGGCAGGAGCCCUUCACAGAAGUCAACAGCUCCCUGAGCUACUUUACCCUCUACAACUUGUCGCCCAGCUUGCAAGGAAAUUACUCGUGCUCGGCAACUAACCUGCUCAGCCACCGGCAGCAGACCGUCACCCGUGAACUCCUGAUCUACUAUCCUCCGCCAUCACUGCCUCGAUGCUGGGCUCAGACCUCCGCGGAAGGCUCUGGAGGGGUGCAGCUCCUUUGCAGCUGGACCGGGGGUUACCCGCACCCCACGCUUCAGUGGACCAAUCUGGGGAACCUGAGCCGGGACAGUAACGUGACGGGCAUUACGGACACCAAUGUGGCUACUUUGAAUGGCUCGCCUCUGCUCUCUGGGAAGGAGUUUGUCUGCCGCGGGAUCCACCUAUUGCAGCAGACCAGCCAGGCCUGCACCGUGAAGCUGGAGGCCCCUUCGCUUGUGUCCGACCCCAUGAGGAGCUGCUUCGUAGGGGGAGCCACCGGAAUGACGUGUCAGGCCAGCGCCGGAAACCCCCCUGCCAAUAUUUCCUGGCUGCGCAACGUCUCCCUGACCCAGACGGAGAUCCGUUCCGGCGGGAGGUUUCUGGUUAGCCAAAAGGGCAACGUCUCCACUCUGGUCAUCCAGAACUGUUCUCACGGCGCGGACAGCGGUUUGUACAUUUGCAAGGUUGAGAACCCCCUGGGGCUGAAGGAGGCGUAUGUUUACCUCACCGUGAUCGAGCCAGUGAACAUCGCAGGCAUAGUGGGUGCAAUUGUGGUCCUUUUGCUGCUGGGUGUUCUAGUCCUCUCUGGAGUCCUCCUAUACGCUGGACCCCGUUGGUGCCCAAAAGCCAACAUGCUCAGGAAUCGAGAUGCAAGUGAUAUCCUUGUGCUGAUGGAUUCGGAGGAAGAGGAUCCGCUGUCGGAAGUAGCCGGGGAGCCCGCUUCAGAUCAGGGGGUUGCCCUGGCUAAUGGAGGGUCUGCCACGCCUCACCAAAGCCCCCAGGCAGACUUGCCUAGUGAAAGUUCCCUGGAGGACACCAACAGUGAAACCAGGUCCAAAAUGUAGAGGGAGCUCUCUUCAUCGUUGCCUUUCCGUGUGUGCUAGGAACCAAAGCUUCACCGCAAUGUAACUCUGCUCUGAACCUGACCGGGGAGAAGGAAGGAGUUCACUUGGCAGCCAGAUCAUUCUCAGAGGCCUUCUUCAUCCCGUCUUGAUCAUGCCCUUCCACAUUUUUGAUAAUUCUCCCGCCUCCUCUUUCUUCCUCCCUCUGUCGUCCUUUAAAGAAAAAAAAAGACUGAGCUUGAAACUUCAUGGCAGCGAUACAGGAAAUGUGCAGGGGGGCAGGAGCAGGGCAGUUUCCUUCCUUAGGAGCAAGAUGGAAAGAUCCAGGCUGUGUUAGGAAGGAGCUUCGCUGGGCAAGAGAUCCUCCAGGGCAGCUUGAAGGGGCUGGAGGGAGGGGGUUGUCUUGAACCCAGUUCCGUUUGCCCAGCUUGGCAUGAAAAUUAAUUGGGUUCUUCUGAUCCUUGUCCAUGACUAUGGGCAGGAUUCUUGCAUUGCAGGGGGUUGGAAUAGAUGAGCCUUGAGGUCCCUUUGAGCUCUACAAUUCUGUGAUUCAUUGGCUUGCGUAUUUACAGCAAAGUGGAGGCAGCUGGCACAACGAUGCUUCCUCUGUGGCCUUAAGCAAGCUGAAUGUACCCCUCUUAACCCCUAUGGGAUUCUCUUUUGGGAAGGGCUUGUAGCUCAGGGACUAGAGGAUCUGCCUUGCAUGCAGGAGGUCCCUGGUUCAGUCCCUGGCAUCUCCAGUUGGGACUGGAAUAAGACUCCCUGUCUGGAGAGCUGCCAGUCAGUGUCGGCAAAACUGAGCUGGAUGGACAAGUGACUGUUUUCCUGUGUCUUUUAGAGAAAGAGAUGUAGCUCAGCGGAAGAGCAUGCAGCAGGUCCCCGGCUCAAUCCCAAACAGCAUCUCCAUGUAGCUAAGAGAGAAUCCUUGGCCGAAAUCCUGGAGAGCCAUUGCUGGUCUAUUUAGGCAUGAUUCUGCAUAAGGCUGCCUCCUGUGUGGGGUUGUCAGCAGUAAAUGAAUUUCAAGUUUAGGGGCAAUGUAAACCUGAAAAGGUACCAGGCUGCUGUGAGCUGCUGAGUGGUACAAUAAAACAAGCCCUAUGAGGAAGGAUUAAGUCUGUAGGAUUCGCAGAUCUCCUUUGUAGAAUCCUAAGAUCCUAAAGCAUUAGAUGCCUUGGUCUAAAAACACUAGAUGGGAAUAUUAUUUAUGUCUUUCAGACAAAAUUUGGGGAUGUUGUGAAUCUGGGUUAUGCCAGUGGAGGCCUUACCCGAUAAAACACUGAAUGUAGUUAAUAUGAAAUAAAUAUUGUGCCCUAUUGCUGCAUAAGCCCAUUCUGCAGAUGGGUUAAACCCCCCCAAUGAUGUCGCCAGUUCAUGGUAGCUGCAGUCCUCCAGGACGGUUUCCUGAGUAAGCACAACUGAAGCAAAUGGGAGCCAUCUAGGAGUACAGAUCAGCUGACACUCAUUUUGGUGGGGCCUGUUUGAGUAGACUAUGCCCCCUUCCAAAAUCAAUUUUCCAGCCCAUCCAGGUACUUGUGUGUUCCACAGGCUGGCUUGGGCUGUGGGGUUUGGUAAGCUGCUCGCUUAAUAAAUAAUUGUUACCUGGAGGCAACAGCUGGUCUCAAACUCAAUUCCAAAGAGUUGUAGAAACACAGAUUUUUCUUCUGGAGAACCUAACUGUGGAGGUGAUCUUUUACUUACGGAAUAAAAAUGUGUAUUUUGCAUCCGA